CUGUUUAAAGACCCGAAAGAGAGAGGAGAAGGAGACAAAGAGAAGGCUCAAAAGACGCACUCACUCACUGCUCAGUGACCACUGACCAGUGCCCCCUCUCUCUUUGUUACUCAGUUCUCUACGGUUCCUAGAUGUGCUGACAUUGCUCCAUUACUUAGAUUUCUCUGUUUCUUUUCAAAUCUCUCUCUCUCUCUCUCUCUCUCUCUCUUUUCUUCGGGCAAAACUUGAAAAAAAGAAGUUUCUUUCCUGUUCUACCAUGGUGGUUUAUGCAAAGGCACUGUUGGGUUUCCUGGCUUUUCUUGGUUUGCAGCUUCCUUUGAUAUCGGCAGAUUGCCCCUUAGAUUUGAGCGGAUCAAAUUUUACUCUUGUGGCUUCUUUAUGCUCUAAUAAAGAUGACAGAGGAAAGUGUUGCCACUAUAUGAAUGCUUUCAUUGCCUUUUCUGUUGCUCAAUAUGCAAAUAUGACAAGCAACCUAGGAGUUACAUCAAAUUUAUCUGAUUUCUGCGUCCACUCCAUAUUGCAAACCAUGGAACUGUAUGGAGUGCCACGAAAUGCCACAAUUUUCUGUGGGUUUGGUACAAAAAUUCCCGUUAGUUAUGACUGUAGGGGUCGAACAACUGUACCAGAGAUGCUCGAGUCUCCAAAAUUUAUGGAUGUCACAGAGAACUGCAAACUGCCACUUUUGCAGGAAAAUGAUUGCCGAAAAUGUUUAAAUGCUGGCAUUGUCUACCUUCAUCAUCUAGUUGGAUCUGAAGAUAAUAUGACAUUGAGUACUUGCCGAGAUGCGACCUUUGCUGCGCUUGCAAGCCAAGUUGACAACACUUCAGCUAUUGAAAUUGCAAGUUGCUUUUUCCAAGUUCAGGGAUUUAACAUCCCACCAGUUUCAGAGUCAUCUCCAUCUCCACCUACCCCUAAGGCUUCUCCUAGUCCGUUGGUUGCCGCUAGUCCAAGUCAACUCAUUUUGGGAGUACCGCCAAAACAAAAGCACCAGACAUACCACCUAACGUUAAUUCCAGGCAUUGGCAUAGCAGUUAUAGUAGCUGCUAUGAUGAUGCUUAUAGUAUUGGUAGUCUUGAUUCGAAGGAAGAGCAGAGAGUUAGAUGAUUCUGAGAGUAUGGACAAGAACUCUUCAAAACUCUUUCCUUCUCCUCCACCCAUGUAUAAAUUUCAGGAAGGUACUUCAUCAAUGUUUAGAAAAUAUAGCUACAAGGAAACAAAAAAGGCAACUGACAAUUUUAACACUGUCAUUGGAUGUGGAGGGUUUGGGACGGUACACAAAGCUCAAUUUAGUGAUGGCUCAAUGAUAGCUGUGAAGCGGAUGAACAAAGUUUCAGAGCAGGGAGAAGAUGAAUUUUGCAGAGAGAUAGAACUUCUUGCUAGAUUACACCAUCGUCAUCUAGUUGCUCUAAGAGGAUUUUGCAUUGAAAAGCGUGAGAGAUUUCUAAUGUAUGAAUACAUGUCAAAUGGAAGCCUAAAGGAUCAUCUUCAUUGCCCGGGUAAAAACCCACUGAGUUGGGAGACCAGAAUACAAAUUGCCAUUGACGUGGCUAAUGCUUUGGAGUACCUUCAUUUUUAUUGUGAUCCACCUCUGUGCCACAGGGACAUCAAAUCAAGCAACAUUUUGUUGGAUGAGAAUUUUGUUGCGAAGGUUGCAGAUUUUGGCCUUGCGCAUGCUUCAAAAGAUGGUUCUAUUUGCUUUGAACCAGUAAAUACUGACAUCCGUGGAACUCCAGGUUAUAUGGAUCCUGAAUAUGUGGUCACUCAAGAACUCACAGAUAGAAGUGAUGUAUACAGCUAUGGUGUGCUACUUUUGGAGAUAGUGACUGCAAGACGAGCUAUACAAGAUGGCAAGAAUUUGGUAGAAUCAUCCCAGGUACUGAUGGCAUCAGAGUCAAGGCUAAUUGAGCUAGUGGACCCCCAAAUUAAGGAUUCCUUUGAUUUAGACCAACUUCAGACAGUUGUGACCAUUGUGAGAUGGUGCACCCAGAGGCAAGGGCGGGCUAGACCUUCAAUCAAACAGGUCCUUCGGCUUUUGUAUGAGAGUUCAGAUCCGAUACAAAGUGGGUUUAUACAAGCUGUUGAAGAUGAAGAUUAUGAUGGUAGUGACGGAAGAGGAAGGACAAGCAGAGGGAAAAUUCCUAGGAGUGGACCUCUUUUUCACAGUGGGGAUGGAAGAUAUCUUGCUUCAUCUUCAAGUACAUCAAGGUCAUAUUGUAGUAGAAGCUUUUUACUAGAAACUGGAUCACCACAAUCUCCUCAAAAUAUACUCUCCCUUUGAGGCCAAUCAUUUGUUUGCUUCAUCCAACCAUACAAAGAGUUGCCUCUAUUUGAUUAAACCAUAGCUGAGAUUUGAGAGAUUGCUUGAUGUGAUUUCACUCAUUAACUAGCAGGUAUGCAUGGUCUUUGUUAUGCAGAAUCCUCAUGUAGUAGAGCAAGUGAAUGCCAUCAAGCUUGUUACCUGUACAAAAGGGAAAAAAGGAUUCAAAAAGUGGUCAUCUUAUAAUUUUCCAGUUUAUUUUUCCCUUUUUUUAUGGAUAAAUGACACAAAUGUAUUUUUUGCUUGUAUCAUUGAUGCAGAGAUUAGGAUAUUGCAGCUAGUCAUUAAGAUUGCCCUUUAUUGAUUCAAAAACUGAAAGAUAUGCCUCAGUACAAUUGUCUUAUUGCGCCUUCAAAGGGAGUUUCUGCUAUUUUGUCUGUGGGAGUUUUUUUUUCUCCUUUUCUCCUCUCUUUUAUGAUAGGGUAUGUAGGAGUUUGAAAGUCAUGUAG